ACUUUUUCAAGUCUUAGUUUGUCAAAACUGUCUCAAAUGAUGAGUUUUUCACGAUGCUCCAUCAUCGACGAGGGCUCUCUAAUUUUUGUUACUUUCAAAUUAUUAUGGAUUAUCAUCAAUUCUUAGAUGGUAAUUUCACAUUCUCCUCUAGAAAUGGACUUGGUUUAAAUAAACGAGCAAAUCUUGAUAGAUAUAUAUACUGUGUGGUUAGAGUUCUGCUCAGCACAAAAAUUGGCUUAAUGGUGGAGCUGGUAAAAUGAUGUGUAGGAAUGAAGAGCCAUCCCCUUGUUGCAAUUCGGACUGACAACAACGACUUGUUCAACUUUUCCGAUUGUAAAAUCUGGUUCUCAUUUCUUCAUCGCAUUCUGAAUUUCUUCAUUGCAUUUAUUUGAAGAUUAAGUCGGCAUUACAUGGAUGGCAUCUGCACAUGUCAUAACAGGAUGGUAUGGAGCAUGGUGCAGUUGGGCUCGAUUUGGACUCCUCUUUUAUGGUGCUUUUCGCCGCCACUACGUUGUUAUCAGAAUCUUCCGAUCCUGACUAUCGCACUACCAGGAAUAAAUCUUACACUGCUUCUGUUCCAUAGUAAUUUGAUAAUUGUGUAGUGGAAGGAACAGUCUCUGGGCUAAUAUCUUUGAAUGCAAAAGAUUGACUGCUUUGAAAAUGGGGAUUAUACUUGAACUUGCGGGAUUGUUAAAGCUGUGUGAAAUCCGGGUUUUCUGGAUGCUUGAAUUUGGUCAUGCAAAUGGCUUCCGCUAUACAACAAAUUAAGAACACCAAAUUCAAGCCUUUUCACAUCAAUUUUCUUGGGCAUAAAGGUGAAUACAAGUCUCUUUGGAUUAUGUCUUAAUCAGCCUUCUACGUUUACCUCAUGGGCAUAAAGGUGAAUACAAGAAACCACUUACUUAGUCCUGGAAGUUGAUCAGGCUUUAUAAUGAGAAGGCUUGGACUCUGUCCACUCUUGUUGCUAAGGUAUGUGGACACUGCUUCGCGUCUCUUUGUAAACAGAAUAUAUAUUAUUGGCCAUAAUUUUCCAAGUUCUAUUUAGAGGACACAACCAAUGAGUUUCCAUUUCUGUUUCCGGUUUUGUUACUUUAGAGGGUACAUUCUAAUAGAUGUACUACCAUAUCCGGAAGCAUUUAACUUUGAUUAGCAAUAAUGUUCUUCUUAUACUCGUAAAUUCUAUGAUUGUGUUAUAUCUCGACUGGUGAGUUCUUCACUUAUUCCCGGAUGAAGAAUUUUAAAGAAAAUCUGAGGUAUUUCUAGAAGUUUGUGCAACAGCCAAGUUUUAAAAAAGGCAAAGAAACAAGCUUUGUAAUCUAUAUCAUUGCUGACAACCUAAAACAAUAGCGAUGUUGAAAUGCACAAGGAUGUAGAGUUGGAAUGCCAAGAGAAAAGAAGCACUGAAAUGAGGCUCGAAGCAGGCUCUGAUUGGGUGUUCAUUCAUCUACUGAUCUUGAUUUAGAAGCGCUAAAACUUAGUACUUAGUACUUAGUACUUAGUACUUGAAUCUACAUCUCUAGCGUGUCUGUGAAUCAUUGGCAUCUAUCUUCUUGAAGUUGUGGUCUUUCUGGACCUCUGAAAAUGUAUCAUUGUGAUGGUAUUUAGUGCAGUAGAUACAGUAGUGAGUUACAUGUAGGGGACUCUAAGUUGUAUUAAAUGUAAAUUACUUCAUAUUUGAUGGAGUUCAGAGACACGAAAGUAGAGAAAAGGAUCAUUUUUCUUAUCAGCUGUAGAGAAUUAAACAAAAACAGGCAAAUAAUGAUCCAAAACGAGAUAACGUAGCUUUACUCUAACUUGAUUCCUACUUUUUCUGCACACUUGCCUUCUCUAACAAGGGUGCUAUAUAUAGAUAUUUACAUAACAAGAGAUAAACUAGGUAUUCAAUGAUUUCAAAAUUAUGCUAAUAGAGACCCAAACUUUAUGCCAAUAGUUUCCUAAUCGUUCUCAAACUCUAGAUACAUUUCCUCUUUUUUUCCCUCUCUCUAUCAGGCAUUUUCUAGUUUUGCUGCUACUAAUGGAGUUCUUUCUCCAUUCCCUAUAUUUUUAUCCAAUAGAUUAUGAGCUUACUAAGACACAUAAAUUACAAAAAACAAGCUAAGUUGCAUACUUGGCUAUAACAGAGAGCUCUUAGUUAUUAAAUUUAAAUCAUGACACUAACUGUUAAUAUGUGAACGUUUUUACAUACCUUAGUCAUGUCUUGAUAUGUAUGAUACACAUUUCUAUCUUCAAUUUUCACGGCUGCAAAUGCAAGUGCUAAAAUUAUAAUUAGAUUGUAUAUUGCAUGUUUUGGUAACAUAUUACCUAAUAAUAAAUUUGAAAUGCUUGGCAGAUGUCUUUUUGGAUUUGUCAUUUUUUCCCAGAAUAAACACUGAUAUAUUCAAUUUUAACCAUUGAGAUUCUAUGGCAACAAUAAACAUCCCUAUGAUCGGAAAUAUACGCAGAGGAUUUUCUUUCUUCAUUUAGUAGAGCACAUUAUUAGUGACAUUGAUAUAAAUAAUCAGAAUGGUUUAUGGUCUCAGAUGAUUUGUUUGUUUUGAUACUUGACUAGUAUUUGCUGCUUAGAUUAAAGUGGAAUAGUGCAAGUGCUUUACUAACGAAAUAAUAUGGCGUAUUGGUUUACAUGCAUGAUACCACUUGUGUGUUAUAAAUCUUGGUAGGGAAUACCAUGAUCCAUGUCAGAUUUUUCUUCCUUAUUUCGUCAUCCUGCUUUUUUUAAUUUAUUUAGUUGGCGUAUGCGAUUUUCUUUUCUAUAGUAACUUUUAUGUUAGGGGCUGUAUCUGAGUUGUCAUAAUUUUCCUUCUUUGGGCUUAUUAAAUGAAUGGAAAAACCUCAUUACUGCCACCACUCAAUUGGCUAAAUUUUCUCCCCCGUCCCCUCUCUCCCCAUUUAGGUUUUCUCGAGAAGGCGGAAUAGUCUUUCCUUUUGUGGUGAGUGUCUUGUUGUUAAGAUAAAUUAUCUUAUCGAAUCAUUUAAUUGUACAAAUAAUUAUGCAUUUGCAUCCAAUGUAAGAUCCCUAUGAUUCAAACAAUUUGUGUUUAGAAUGAAAUGUAGUUUUUUUUAUUGCUUAUAAAUUCAUCACUACCAGAACCCUUAUAAUUGAACCCGCAUCUGUUAUCGCUGCUCACAUCAGGCUUGGGUAUGUAUCUGCUGAGCAUUUCUUAUCUGUAUUUGGCAAUUUGGUUGUCUAUGUUGAGCUUGUUUGGGGAAUUAUACUAAUGGUAUAGCGAUAGCGUAAUGUGAUCAUGUUAUAGAUGUGUGAAUAUCAUACGCUUCUCCCAAAAAACUUAGUUGACACAUAUGACAAAGUAAAACAUGUAUUUUAUCUGAAUUUUGGUAUUAUCUCUGGCUGAGAAAUUUUUACAGGACUUCUUUUCCCGGACUCCUUCUUGCUAAGGGUAUUUUUAUUUUUUUAUUUAUCGUGAGUAGUAAACAAAAAUCUUUUUGCUGAAUACAGAAGCUCUUCUAUUGUUUGCAGGGAUAAGUGCACUAUUUACUGGAUCUCAUAAUCCCAUCUUUGCUGCUGCAUUUAACAAAUGGGGUUUGCUCAUAAAAUUUUAAAAUGUUCACAACCUGAGAAUGAUAAAAUCAUUGAACAUGACUGGCUAAGUAAUCUGCACAGUGAUAUCCUGUACCACAUUCUAUCAUUUCUCAGUGUCACUGAAGCUACGAAAACCAGUUUGCUGUCAAGAAAAUGGAGAUACAUUCCGGAUUCAUUACCAUACUUAAACUUUGACUUUAGAGAUUUCCGGAACCAGGAGCAAUGCUUAGCUUUGAGUUAUGAUGAAUGCGUGAUAAAAUUUUGGUCAGUUGUCAAAUGGGCUUUCAGAAUGAGAGAUUACUCACCCAUCGUUAGAUUGCGGCUCCACUGUGAUUACUUUAUGCAUAUAUGCUUCAGUCGCUUUUUUGUCUUUGUUUUGUGAGAAAUGUCCAAGAAGUUAAUAUUUUUUCUGGAUAUGGAGUCCGGCGGUGUCCAAUUUAUAGUUAUCCAUAUGCUCAUGUUGAUGCAUUCAUACAUAAUGUGAAUAGUCUGGUUAAGUACAAAUAUCCGUUAGGGUUUUGGAAUCUCAAAACCCUGAAUUUGGUUGGAGUUCACUUUCCUGAUGCUGAUAUAGCCAAGAAAGUGUUAAGUGAUUGUGGUGUUCUUGAGAAUUUAUCUCUGGAACGUUGUUGUUUUCGGAUGAUAAAGUUUCUCAAGAUUUCAGCCAAGAGGCUAAGGAAUUUGAACUUUGUAAAUGAUGGUCCUUAUUGGUGGGGACAUAUGUGUAUGUUUCAGGGUGAACUGGAACUUCAUACUCCUAACCUUGUAUCUUUCUACUAUAGUGGGCCAGUGAUACGUCUUUGUCAAUACUCAGAUAUGUUUUUUUUGAAGAAUGCUUCGAUUAAGCUUCGAAAUCAAAAUAAUCCAGGGGGCUUAUCUGUAGACCUAGGUACAAUGAUUUCAGGAAUUUGUCAUGUGGAAGAGUUGUCGGUGUCACCAAAUUUUGUCCUGUACAUCUCUCCUGAAUUUGGUGGAUAUGGUCGCAAAUUCAGUCCUUUUGACAGUCUAAGGUGCUUGAAGAUUGAUAUGAAAGGCAUUGUGGACCAUGUUGAGGGUCUAAUAAAGUUACUCCAACAUUCUCCAAAUCUUGAAGCUCUCUGCAUCCAAUUUAUUCAGUUGGGUAGAGUUGAACAAGGGGAUGCCUUUUCACCGAAUGGGUUGAAAUGGAAAAGAAAGAUGCUUCAGUCAUCGAGGAUAAGCCAUUGGAUGACCCGAGAAGUGGACGUCCCAUGUUUGUCGCACAACUUAAAAGAAAUUGAGAUUGUUGGUUGCUGCCGUGAUCCAGUAAACUUUUCAGAACUUAUCAAGUUUUUCCUUCAAAAUGGAAAAUCUGUAGAGAAGAUAAACAUCACUCAAAUGGAAGAAAGGCUGAAUCUGGAGAGGUUUUAUGGGUUGCAUGAAGUUCAGUUAGCGGCUGAAGCAGUUUCAGUGUCCAUCAGUUCAGCCUCUGCUUGUGGAAGAAAGGAGUUGAUUAAGCUUGUUUAUGGGAAAUGGGGUUUGAGCGUAGUGACAGAGACUGGUAUAUCGAAGAUUAGAUUAAGAAAAAGCAUCAGAAUUGCAGCGAAGAAAUCUGGUCGCUUGGUGAGAGGAAAAUGAGGUGUGAGUCCAUGAUAUGUUGCGAUCCAGAUAAACAUCGGAGUACAUUUUCUUCUAAUUGCUCAGUCCUGGGUAUCAUCAAAACCAAAACUAGCUAUUAAUUAUGUCACAUUAUUAGUUAUAGCUUGCCAUUAUAUUAAACCUUUUGGAUAUUCUGUCGGCAUCUAGACUCGAAUUCUAUGAAAUUGAAUUGGAAAGAAUUAAUUCUAA